UUAUCUAUGACUCACAAUGAUCACGUGAUCGCAUUAGCUUGGGUUUACAAAGUUGAGAAAAAAUUGUAAAUUGUUCGGCGCUUGCAUUUGAUAGUUGGCGUGUUGAAAACAAAUCGUGUUAUUAUUGAGUAUUGUGACUGAAAAACCGUUUAAAAAUGUCUACUAAGUCAAAAAAGAGUGUAUCAUCAUCCACUCAUGUUAGUGUUGUGUCGUCAGUGCAAAGCCCGCCGCAAUCUAGCACUCCUGUUGGAAGCCGCCCUUCGAGUUCAGCCGGCCGGCCAAACAGCCCCUUGAGUCCUACAAGGCAUUCUCGCCUCCAAGAAAAAGAUGCAUUACAAAACCUUAAUGAUCGUCUCGCGGCCUAUAUUGAUAAGGUUCGCCAAUUGGAAAGUGAAAACUCAGGCCUGCGUCGAGAGAUUCAAACUACACAGGAGGUGGUCACCCGCGAGGUCUCCAGCAUAAAGGGCAUGUACGAGCAUGAACUGCAAGAUGCCAGGAAGCUUUUAGAUGACACUUCUAGGGAGAAAGCCAAAUUGGAAAUUGAUUUGAAGAGGUUAUAUGAAGAAAAUGAUGACCUUAAAAAACGCUUGGACAAGAAGACCAAGGACUGGCAGCAGGCGGACAGCAUGGCGCGUCACUACGAGACCCGCUUUACAGAGGAGAGCAAUAAAUACAACACUGCUCUCGCUGACAAGAAGAAGGCCCAAGAUGAGGCCAAGGAUCUUGCGAAGGAAUUGGAGAAGCUUCGCAAGGUGUACGCGGACACGCGCAAGACGCUGGAGGAGGAGAUGUUGUGCCGCAUCGACAUGGAGAACACAGUGCAGAGCCUGCGCGAGGAGCUCUCCUUCAAGGACCAGGUGUUCCAGCAGGAGCUGCAGGAGACGCGCACCCGCCGGCAGGUGGAGAUCUCGGAGAUUGAUGGACGUCUCGCCCAGCAAUACGAGGCGAAACUGCAACAAAGCCUACAGGAGCUGCGUGAACAGCAAGAGGCCAAUAUUAAGGCUAACCGUGACGAAAUUGAAGCUCUCUAUGAGAAUAAGAUGAAGAACCUGCAGUCGGCCGCGAGCCGCAACAGCAGCGCCGCCACGGUGGCGGUGGAGGAGCUGCGCACCAUGCGCACACGCAUCGACUCGCUCAACGCCACGCUCAAUGACCUCGAGAACAAGAACGCUGCGCUCAGCAACCGCUGUCGCGAAUUGGAGCGCCAGUUGGAGUCGGAGCGCGCCCGCCACGCCGAGGACCUGGCGUCGCUGGAGCAGGAGUUGGCGCGGCUGCGCGACGAGAUGGCGGCGCAACUGCGCGAGUACGCCACGCUCAUGGACAUCAAGUGCUCGCUCGACCACGAGAUCGCCACCUACCGCGCGCUCAUUGAGGGCGAGGAGGAUAGAUUAAAUUUGACAACCCAGUCCCCUGGCCGCGAUUCCCGCGCGUCUAUGAGUGCUUCGGCCAGCGCCAGCGGCGGCCGCAUCACGCCGGGCCGCCGCGCCACGCCACUGAGAGCCGCGCGCAAGCGCACUCUGCUGGACGAGAGCGAGGAGCGCAGCAUGCAGGACUUCAGCGUCACCUCCAGCGCUAAGGGAGACCUGGAAGUCGCAGAGGCCUGCCCCGAUGGUAGCUUCGUCAAGAUCAGGAACAAGGGGAAGAAGGAGCAAAGCCUCGGUGGCUUCCAAAUCAUUCGCAAGGCUGGUGAAAUGGAGACGGUGUUCAAGUUCCACCGCACCGUGAAGCUGGAGCCCGGAGCGGUCGCCACCGUGUGGUCGGCGGACGUGGGCGCGGAGCACGACCCGCCGCGCGACAUCGUCAUGAAGGGACAGAAGUGGUUCGUGGCGGACAGCUUCACCACCACGCUGUUCAACAAUGACCAAGAGGAGGUAGCAGUGUCGGAGCGACAGCGGCGGCAAAUCAGCACGAGUGCGCAACGACACCGCGAGAUGGCGCACAAGUUCCCGCGCCGUGAACAGCUUGGAGAAGUUCGCGAGGGAGAAGAAAAUUGCCGUAUAAUGUAACGCACGCGGGACAGUGCGCUGCGUACCUGUUGGCGCAAAGCAUUUUUACAUGGUGCCUCACCACUCCUUAGGUUUCAAUUUCGCCCUAUGGGCUAUCUCCUACCACUUACUUAAGCAAGUAUUACACUGGGCUCGACGGCUUGCGUGACUAUAGAGGGGUAAGAUUCACGGUGUUUGAUAAAAAAACUAAUAGUGUUCUAUGACAGAUGUACCUAACCAUUCUUGCCCACCUAUUGUGACGUUGCGGUGCCUUAAAGUUUUGAAACUUGACAUUUUAUAUUCGACAUCAAUUCAAAAUAUCACAUCGCUAAAAUUCACGAGUUUAUCAAUUCUUCACCGCUCUACAAGGCGUCUCCUCACAUCAAGCUCAGACGUAGUGAACAAAGUACAAACCUUGGUCGUUCACUGUUAUUAUUGAUAAGCAUUCUUAGAUUAUAAUAAUUAUUACGUACGUAACAUCCCCACCCAUUAAUUUGCACUAGAUGGAUAAAUGUUUGUCAUUAAUAAUAAAAAAAACUACAUUUCAUAACACAACAUUAUAGUAGAUAAAAUCUACUCAAUUCUCUAUUUUCUUAGUAAUUAUGGACUUAGUAGUAAUAGUUUGGUUAGAUUUAAGAUAGAAUUGACGUAUCACACCCACUGUCAAUUUAGAUUAGUUGGCGUUUGUCAUAAUAUUAUCAAAUGCUAUUUUUAUAAUAUCACAAAAUGCAGGUGCAAGUCUCAAAUGAAUGACUCCUUAGUGCCGAAAUUGUGACUAUUGCAAGUCAAACAAAUAUGUACCUACUAGAACAUAAUAAUCGCAAAUGUUACGAUUAACACAUCAGCGCCCAAGACACAGUAGCGUCCAAGAUCGGUGCUAGGGCCAUAGAUUUUUCAUUAUAAUCAUGAGAUAAGUAGAUGUAUUAUAAGCAUUUAUGAUAAAAAAUAUGCAAAUGGUUGUCAUUAUUUUUCUUUAAUCUAAUAUAUUUUUUAUCAUAACAAUUAAUGAUUUAUAAGAUAUAUUAGGAUAAAAUGAUUUUAUUUCACAUGGUUAAUUUUCUAUAAGUUAAAGAGAGGACAGAAUCUGAUUUGGUUGCAUUUUUUUUUUUUCUGUUAAAGAUCAAUCAUGAGACAUUUUCAACCCAGAUAAUAUGUCAUAUUAUUUUCCAUGUGUAAAAUACUUACAAAAUAAAUGUUUAUUUAGGUUUAA